GGGCAGUCCCGCCAUGGACGGCUUCAUCUACCAGCUCCCGGCUCGCGUCCUGGACGAGCUGUGCCGUAGCAUGGACACGCUCAGCGAGUGGGACUGGAUGCAGUUCGCCUCCUACGUGAUCACAGACCUGACCCAGCUGCGGAAGAUCAAGGCCAUGGAGCGUGUGCAGGGCGUGAGCAUCACACGGGAGCUGCUGUGGUGGUGGGGCAUGCGGCAGGCCACGGUGCAGCAGCUGCUGGACCUGCUGUGCCACCUGGAGCUCUACCGCGCCGCCCACAUCAUCCUGAGCUGGAAACAGGGUGCAGAAACCAGCUCUUCCCGGCCAGACUUCUCAGAAGCUGUGUUGCCAGGGCCUGCAGCAGCUUCCCUAAGAAGCAGGGAGGAGGACCAGGACCCAGGGAAGCUCCUGGGGCCCGCUGCCUUUAAGGGCCCAGGGUCUGCUCUGCCCAGAGCCAACCAGCCGGCUUCCCUGCUGCCUCCCUCUGAAGAGGACGCUGCUUAUGCCAUAAAGACUGACCUUCCUGUGAUGUCACACUCUGAGACUUUCAGCACUUCUGUUCCUAAGCAAGAAAGACUUCUGAGCGGUUCUGUAGAUGACCUUCUCUGGAGCGAGGCAGAUGUAGUCCAGGCAACCAGUGACUUCGACCCAAGCUUCAGGAUCAGCAGCGGCACCUGUGCUGAUGUGUACCGAGGGCAGAGACAUGGGGUGCCCUUGGUCAUCAAGCAGCUCCGGGAGGUGGGUGUGGCAGCUUCUCCAGGCACUGUGGCCGAGUGCAAGGGGCCAGGCCUUCAGUGCCACUGCCCUUCUCCUCAGGCAGCCUGCUCCAGUCCAGGGUCACUGGAAAGAUUCCUUCAGGCAGAAGUACAGGUUUGUCUCAGAUGCUGCCACCCCAACGUGUUGCCUUUGCUGGGCUUCUGCACUGGAGGGCAAUGUCACAGCCUGAUCUACCCCUACAUGGCAAACGGUUCUCUACAGGACAGACUGCAUGGCCAGGAUGGCUCAGACCUCCUGCCCUGGCCCCGGCUUGUCAGCAUCUGCUCAGGGCUACUUGGUGCGGUUGAGCACUUGCACAGCCUGGACAUCAUCCACGGCAACAUCAAGAGCUCCAACAUUUUGCUGGAUGAAGAAUUCACCCCUAAGCUGGCUCAUCCAGUGGCUCAGUUGAAUCCUGACUAUAAAAGGUCAGAAUACACGGUGAUGAAGACCCACCUUUUCCAGGCCUCAGCAGCAUAUGUGCCGGAAGAUUUCAUCAGGGUCGGGCAGCUGACCAAGCGUGUGGACGUCUUCAGCUGUGGGAUAGUGCUAGCAGAGGUCCUCACCGGCAUGCCUGCGAUGGACAGUGACCGGAACCCUGUGUACCUGAAAGAUUUACUCCUCAGUGAAAUUCCAAGCUCCAGGAAGACAGGGGUGCAGAAGGUGACAGCAACGAUCUGCCAGAAAUACUUGGAGAAGAGAGAGGGGUCACUGCCUGAGGACUGUGCCGAGGCCUUGGCCAGAGCUGUCUGCCUCUGCCUGCAGAGGCGCAACACUAGUGUGCAGGAGGCGCAUGGUUUCGUGGCUGCCGUGGAGGAGCGGCUUCGAGGGCGGGGUGCACUGCUGCAGUGCAGUGGGCUGUCUGCAGGCACUGGCUCCUCCGCCAACGCACCCGAGGAGACCGACGACGUGGACAACGAUGGCCUCCAUGCCGCGUUCUCCAGGAGGGCAGCGCCCAGUGCCGGCGCGGAGGCCGAAGCUGGAGGGUUCCAAGCGGGCUCCUCGCCGCAGGGCGCUCCAGAGACUUCAUGGAAAAUUGAGAUAAAUGAGGCUAAACAGAAACUGAUGGAGAAUAUUUUGCUCUACAAAGAGGAGAAAUUGGACAGCAUUGAGCUUUUCGGACCCUGAUGACUGGAAGAAGCUGAGGACUCUUGUCCUCAAGUGGAAAGACAAGCGUGUAAUCCAGGAAAAGGGCUGAGGCAGAAAUUAGCACCUGGCAAGACACAGAGCAAGCAUGGGUUUUUAGUACCCUUUCACCAGUGAGUUAGGGAGAAAGAACUCAGCUUUUUUCUUUUUUUCUUUUUUUUGUGAUACUGGAGAGUCAAUCUAGGUUCUUGCACCAGGCAAGUAAGUACUCUGCCACUGAGCUACAUUCCUAGCCCUUCAUAGUUUUUAUUUUGAGAUACUCUCCAUAAGUUGCCCUGGCUAGCCAUGAACUUGUGAUUUUUCUGCCUUAGCCUCCUGAGUAGCUGGAAUUUUGGACCUGUGCCAUUGUAUGUACCACUGUAUGUGCCAUAACCUCAGUUUGUUAUUGUUCAUUUCUGUGGGUUGAACCCAAGGCCUUCACACUGAGCUAUAUCCCAUCCCUUUCUAGUUUUUAUAUUGAGACAGGGUCUCAGUAAGUUGCUAAAUUGCCUAGGCUGGACUUAAACUUGGGGUCCUCCUGUCUUAGCAUUUGGGGAUCCUAGGGAUGCACUAUCAGACUUGGGAGAACAUCAGGCUUUACAGACAUAAGAAUCCAAGAAGUGCUCCUUCUGUCUGGGAUUUAUAGGUCAGAGCAAGGUGUCACAGGAGACAGAAGCUAAAAGCCCGGUACACAGACCCAGGAUGUGGGUCAUUUGAGGUUCUGUGGAGCCCAUGAUGGCAGACACCUCAGCAGAAGCUGUUACCUUAGCAGCUCUCACGCCUUGACAACUGACAAGCAGUUCUACAAUCCUGAGCAUCUUUUCCAGAAUUAAACCCUGUGAGUCAUAUUUGCCAACAACCACCUGCAGGCUUCCAUUACACGAUGAUUUUCAGCUUGCAUCCCCAUGCAGUUCUGAUUCAUCGCUCAAAAUCACCAGUCUUACCAAUGCCACACACCUGCAGAGGACUCCGAAGGCUUCCUACACCCCAUUGGUAAUCUUGCCAUCCUUGGAUAUUUAUUAACCCCCUGCUCAGUGCUUUCCUUCUCCCACCCCAUUAACUGUUUGAGAAGAUGUGUUAUUUAUGUUGACAUGAAGAACCAGGAGAAUUAGCCUUAUGUCUGAUUCCGCUGCUAAUGAAGUUUAUCAUUUACUUUCUGGGACCUCAGUUUCCUUGUAUGAUCCCUGCUCUUUUUUUCCUCCUGCCUUAGUGUUGGGGGAAUGCGUGCAGAGGCUGCAGAAAACGCAUUUGUUCUGCUUUAUAAAAUAAAAAGACGUUAAAUGUGUCCUACCAUACAUCAUGUCUAUGCAGUGAAUAUAGUU